AUGCCUCCCUCUUUGGAAUUCACUCGUCGAGACAACACUUCGUUUACUAGGUCGAUUCAGCCGCCAUUCUCGUUUGUUCCUUUCUCUGCGACAUCUUCCACUCUUUCAUCUGCACCUUUCACUUCUCCUUCAUUGAACUCCAACAGCGGUACCAGCACUAGCUUCGCUACGACCUCUUCCACCUCCACUGAUGAAGUUUCGACCUCAACGACGUCUUCCAGUUCUUCCACUUUCAGCGAAGUUGUGACCUCGAUCUCUGCGACACAAAGUUUCUCAAGUACGACGUCUUCGUCAGCCACAUCGAUCGCUACCUCAACACUGGCUACUUUUACGACCUCUCCCUCCUUUACACCAUCCAUCACGUUUACUUCAUCCAUUUCCUCCACCUCAUCCGCUUCCAUCACUUCCAUCACUUCCAUUAGUGUUACAACACUGCAAUCGUUUCAAGCAUCGGAAUCCGCUUCGUCUCCGUCGGGAUCUGUGUCUGUACCUGCAACGACCACAAAUAUUGCCAUCACCGAUGGGACAUCUACUUCCGUCGUUUUCGCCACCGCAUCUAUAUCUGGACAGACUGCGGUCGCAUCCUCGUCCUCUUCUUCCUCCGUAGGAUUCUGGUCAAAUAAAGCCGCUGUGGCAGGUACCUUCACCGCAGUCGCGGUUGUAGCCUUGGCUACUUUGGCUGGCGUAAUCCUUUGUAUUCGAAAAAAGCGUCGAGAUCUUCACUCAAGGGACCGCAGCAUUUCAGAGAAAUUUGCUAGUAUGGACUUUGCAGACACUCGUCCGUAUUCAACCCCUUCCGAACCUGCCUCACACGAUUUGUCGCAUGAACCUAUGAAUGCGUAUGCCAAUAGGGAUCCAGCCUUUUAUCUAACACAUGAUCCCUUCGUUGCCAAUGCGCACAAUAUGCCGUAUGCUGGUAGUGCAAGUUUGCCAGAGAUUACUUACAGCUAUGCGCAGGAUGUGAACAACCAGUAUCCGUAUUAUGGUAAUGAGGAGAACAAUGUAGUCCCGCCGUCGGUUGGAAUGAGGUCAACCCCUGCUCUUCCGACCCAUGAUCCUCGCAAUCCGUUCGAAUCCGUGAACGUCACACCUCCAAGGAAUGCAGCUAUUCCACAAGAACUUGAAAGAAUCUCUUCAAAUCCUUUCGAGGAGCCGGCUUUUCGAGCUUCCUAUCAACCGUCUGUAGAUUCAUUCUACGGUGCGUCACUCGAUGGUAGACCAUUCUAA